UCCUUUGCUCCACUUCGCACGCAGAGAUAUUCUCCAUCUCCUCCCCCCGCAAAUCACUCCCUUACCAUAGUUAUAAGCAAAGGAGGCAGGCAAAAGGGCCAUGCCGACCGCUGCCGCCGCCGCCGCCGCCUCCAAGCCCGACUCGCGGGCGUGCGCCGCGUGCCGGCACCAGCGCCGGAAGUGCCGUCCCGACUGCCAGUGGGCCGAGUUCUUCCCCGCCACCCUCCCGCAGACCUUCGCCAACGCGCGCGCCCUCUACGGCCUCCGGAACAUGAACGAGCUGACCAGGAACCUCCCGCCCGAGGUCCGCAGGAUCGCCAUGGAGACCAUCAUCUUCGAGUCCAACAUGAGGGCCUUCGACCGUGCAGGCGGGUGCUACCGCGUGAUCUGCGACCUGGCCGCCAGGGUUCGGCUGGUCGAGUGUGAGCUCCGGCGUGCUCAUCAGCUGCUCGCUUUGCUUCGCGGCUCAGAGCUUAACAAUGUCCAGAAUAACAAUCUAGGGUUGGCGCAAAAAUCGAGUGAAGAUCAAGAGGUUUUAUUGCGUGACUAUUUCAUGACGGAGGAUCUCGGAGCGUCGACUUCAUCGUGUCGAGUCGAUGAACCCUCAGGCGCGAACCCUCUGCCGGGUCAUGUUUGCCGAAGCGAUCAGCCAUUGAAUUAUCUCGACGAACAAAUAAGCAGCAGCACGGUCCCGGUAAUGGAAAGCACGAGCUCAAUGUACAGCAAUCCGUUAGAGCUCGAUCCGAGUUCGAUGGCUUCGCAGCUGUGUCUCCCCAGUAAUAAGCCUCUGAAAACGGACGAAGGUGCGAACUCACGGCUUCUCGCUGGCGUCUACGAGAGAGAUCAGCCACCGGACUUUCUCGAGCUCAAAUCUCUCAACAAAAUGGACAAGCAAAGUAGGUAA